GCAGACUCGGUCUUUGCACGCUCAGGUGUACAGGUGUUCAAGAUCACCUCCUGCCUCCUGGCCAUCUCCGGUGUCUACUUAGCUACUUACUUUCACGCUAGAACCGCUCAAAUCGCAAAUCGACGGCAUCAUGAUCCCUGACGAAUUCUGAUGACCCGCACGUCUUCUGCUCGCGUAUCCCAGCUGGAACAAGGGAGAUGGUCAUGGCUAUGCACCGCAACAGUAGUAAUUCAGGGGACUUGACAAAGAAUGGCGACGACCGCAAUUUCAAGAAGAAUCUCACUGCGGAAUGUUCUCUGCCCGGAAUCAGUCAUGGGAAUGACGCUCAAAGCUCUCAGGAACAACGGACCGAAAGCGUCUCGUUUCCGCUCCCCGGACACCCUCAGCUGAGCAGCAAACGGACCUGGCCAGUCGGGGGAGAUGCCGACCAUCCUCUCUGCGUCGAGUAUUGCUAUAUCCCCACUGUCAAGGUCGGGCUCUUUCACUGGAUACUUUGGGGAUCCUUCUGGAUGGGGUUGGCGUGUAUCUUGAAGGUGUAUGGAUCGAACGUCUUCAAGCUACACAGGUGGACGACCGCAUGCUGUAUAUGCUUGUUGCUUAUCGCUAACAAGUCGGUAGUCUCCGAAUCCGCCGUAGCCUUCCCAAACCUGGGCAUCCAACUGGAAUCAACCACAGCGAUCAUUAUCCCCUUUCCGUUUUCCCUUCGACUAGUCGUACCUCUCGGAACGUCUAAACGGUUUAUUCCCCUUUCCAACAUCAGAUCCAGCUCGAGGAUAUUUCUCAACGAGGCGUUCCAUCGGUGGAGCGUCGUCUACUAUCUAGGCGUUCUGAGCCGCGGAGGGAUGUAUGAGUGCGCAGGAGGGUAUGGUGUGGAAGGGCUGGAGGUGCAUGUGGUGUUCCCAACGACAAGACCUCGAUUGGAGGUCCUCUUGGAGGUGUAUCACGGACUCCGAGAGACGUUGUAUGAUGACUUUAACGACCUUGACGACAACGAUGAUGAUGAACGAUAGGACUUACAGUCUGGCUCGUGCUAGGAUCGAUCUCGGUCCAUCUUGCGCUUGAGAUCAAUUGGAGCAGUGUAGUAUCGCAGCUGAUGCCGGGUACCAUCGCCUGGUCAUGCUGGUCAAGACUUAUCAGGACACUGAAG